AUGGGGAGUUACUGCUUUUUAUCCUGUUUAAACACACUUUCUCUAUUUAUAUGGUUCAAACUGAAAAAAAUUACUCUGAAAUCUAUUAUGUGGGUCCAAUUUGUACUGUUUUCUCAUGAAUUAGAUGAUACAGGAAAUCGACUUCGGUUCCAGCUGGAGUUAGAGUUUGUUCAGUGUCUGGCAAAUCCAAAUUACCUCAACUUUCUUGCACAAAGAGGCUACUUCAAAGACAAAGCUUUUGUGAACUAUCUGAAGUAUUUACUUUAUUGGAAAGAACCUGAAUAUGCAAAAUACCUGAAGUAUCCUCAGUGUUUGCAUAUGUUAGAGCUGCUCCAAUAUGAACAUUUUCGCAAAGAACUGGUAAAUGCUCAGUGUGCUAAAUUUAUUGAUGAGCAGCAGAUUCUUCACUGGCAGCACUAUUCACGGAAAAGAAUGCGCCUCCAGCAGGCACUUGCAGAGCAGCAGCAACAAAACAACACUUCUGUAAAAUGAAAAAUGCUUGAUGAGUGAUCAGUUGUACUUCAUGUCAGCUUAAGUAUUUAAAAGAGAAGAAUGAACCUUUUCAUAGCUUUGGCUUUGUGUAUGUUUAUUUUUUUAUUUAUCUGGGGACU